GAUAACCAAGCUGAUUGCUUUCUUUAUUCUCUGCCUGUAGCAAAGCCCUCUGUCUUUCACAUACCGAAUCCAAUCCGAAAUGGCUUCAAUGAAAAUUGUUCUCUGCUGUGCCAUGGUAGCUUUGGCUAGUGGCUUGUACGCUAAACAAGGCUACAACAAUGGCGGAUACAAUGGUGGUAGCAGUGGCUACAACAGUGGUAGCAACAGCUACGACAGCGGAAAGGGCUACAACAGCGGAAGUGGAUACGACAGCGCAAAGGACUACAACAGUGGUAGCAACAGCUACGACAGCGGAAAGGGCUACAACAGUGGUAGCAACAGCUACGACAGCGGAAAGGGCUACAACAGUGGUAGCAACAGCUACGACAGCGCAAAGGGCUACAACAGUGGUAGCAACAGCUACGACAGCGGAAAGGGCUACAACAGCGGAAGUGGAUACAACAGCGGUAGCAACAGCUACGAUAACGGAAAGGGAUACAACAGUGGUAGCAACAGCUACGACAGCGGAAAGGGCUACAACAGCGGAAAUGACCAAACCUACAAUGGAGGAUCUCUGUAUUGAGUACCCCGUCAGAGUGAUGUAGCCUACAGAUUGUCAUGUUCGCUGGCCUCGCCUAGUACAGCUCAGCUGAUGAACGCUUGGUUAUGAUGAUAUUAGUAGACACAAUAAAGAUUCUUGCA